AUGCCUAAAGAAAAGAGAACAAAACCAUGUUUCAAUUGUAAAGAAUCCAAAGUUAAAUGUAUCUAUAAUGGAAGCCUACCGUGUGAGCGAUGCAUCAAGAAUGGUCAAUCUUCAACUUGUCAUUUCGCACUUAAACUACCUUCGUUAAAAGUGCCGAGCAUUUCAACCACCGUAACAGCAACCACAACAGCUACGCCACAGCCAACUCCAGAGGUAGGACGACUUCCACCAUUCAACGGGACUAUACCGCCUAUAAAUGGACAACUACCGGGCAUACCGAGUGCCAACACAUAUAUGGUCCCUUCCAGUUACAGUGCAUAUAACCAACAGCAACAACAGGAUACUGCCUGGAAAUCACAAAUAGAAAAUAGAAUGAAUACGUUUGAUAAUAAGAUCAACGAGUUGGUGGAUAUUCUACGAGUAAAUCAGCAAUUUAUUAUGGAUAAUCAACAGAAAAUGUAUCAACAGUAUCAUCACCAAUAUCAACCGAUACCAAUACUAUCUCAGAAUCAAGAUACUUAUGUAUUAGAAGGCAAUAGCCGUCCCGAGUUGAUAUCACCACCACCUAUACCGUCACAUGUAUUCCCAAAUCAACUUCGGGAAGUUGAUGUUAGAAGUCUGGACGGUAUAAGUAGUAGUUCCAGCUGGAGGCCGAUUAGACAACCUCCAGCUAUAGAGAGUCAACCCUUAGCAACAGCUCAUCAUCCUGUAAAUACAUCAAGCCAACAUCGGAAGAGAAGAGCGUCAAAAUGUGACGACACAUCGGAGUCGCACACGAAAAGACCACUCAAAGAAAGCGGUAGUCAUCCCAAGGAUUUCAGAGAAGGAUUCCUCUCGAAAGAAGAAGCAAACGAUUUAUUCAAAUUCUUCGAUGCCAACAUCUCCCAACAAUUAUUUGGAUUUGAAAUAUCGAAAUUUUCAACGGAUUCACUCUGGGAUACUUGUCCAGUCCUCGUUUGUGCCAUCUGCACAAUCGCCUCGAUUCAUCAUUCUAGUUUAAGUUGGAAAUCUAAACAAUUACUGACAUAUUUACAUGAACUCUGUAGUCUGUUGUUAUUUAAAGGAAAACCAAAAGAUGAAAAUGAAGGGUUUAAUACUAUUCUUGCUUUGAUAUUAUGUAGCUUUUGGUUAUCGGAUUCACAAAUGUUCACAGGGUUAGCACUUCAAUUGGCAAAAGAAUAUGGGUUAAAUGAUCCUCAUACUGAAAAUAAGGAUAGAUUAAAACUUUGGUAUUUACUUUAUGUUUUGGACGGACAGCAAAGUUUGACAUUCAAUAGGCAACCAUUAGUCAAUCCUCAAGAUUAUUCACUUAUGCAUAGUAAAGAGAUAUUGCUAACGAAGAGACAUAAGAAAUUACCUCAUGGACACAAGAAGAAAUUGCUUAAAAGUAAAGAAGCUCUUCCUAAACAAGAUAAUAUCACUGAAGUUGAUUUAGACGAAAUGGCCAAAAAACAAAGAUUCACUGAUAUGAGAUUAGUUUCCCAAGUUGAAUACAAUCAAGCCUUAAACGAAGCCAAAUUUCCUUUGCGUACCCUGAAUAAUCAUGGAAGUAGUAAGCCAUAG